AUGCCGUUAGCAUACAGCGCUAGCUGUGCUGCGAGUGGCCCGGCUCCGGCAACGUCCUCGUUGAAUGCUGGAGUCACCGCAUCUUCAGCCCCGUCAACAUCACAGACCAAUAACCCACAACCUUCCACCUCCUCUCCCCCACAACAACAAACCCAACUCAACACGAAUUCAACCCAAUCUCCAUGCAUCAUUCUCGGUCAGACAAUCCAGUCAUCACAACCAUCCAUCAUCUCAAUAACACCAGCUCUAUCGUUAUUACAGCAGUCCGAACAGCCGCAGUCAAGUAUUCACCAUACUAUUUCUGAUACACUUCUAUUAGCAUUAAGACAACGACCAUCCACUCGCCUAUUCCGUGCUUUAUUCCAAUAUAUUCCUAUUCGAGAUUCACCGAACGACAACCCUCAACUGGAACUACCGCUCCAAGCGGGUGAUUAUGUUUUGGUGCAUGGUGAAAUGGAUGAGGAUCAGUUCUACCACGGUGAAACACUGGAUGGUCAAACUGGCUUGGUACCAUCCAAUUAUGUUGAACGUGUCAAUGAGCAGCAGCUAUUAAUGAAUAGCUCACGUGCACCGUCACCAUCCUUUCCACUCAAUGUACCAACACACCUGACGCAAAUUCAGCAUGAUUUCUCGAUCACUGAUAACACCUAUCAGCCACUGCCUGAUUCUGUGUGCCCCUAUCCACCUGUUGACGUCGCUAAAGUUACUGUGCAAGAAAUCAAACAAACAGACACUCCACGUGUGCCUUUCCCACGCGAGUUGACGGUUGAGAAGAAGAUGAGUCGUAGCGUUGUGUUGUCGUGGUCUGUACCCGACGAUUCACUAACACCCAUAUCGCAGUACCAUGUUUGUUCGGAUGGUAUCGUUCGUGCUGUGGUGCCAGGCUCAUUCAAGUGUAAGGCUCUGAUCGAGGAUGUCGACCUGUCGAAAGCUGUCAAUGUUUCUGUGAGAGCAGUCACAGAGAAUGGUCAUAGUCCAGAUGCGGCUUGUACCAUCGCUUUGGGCAAAGAUGCUCCGGUGGCACCUCAGCAUGUUCGUGUAUGGUCAGUUAGUCCAGUUGCUGCUUGUGUCUCAUGGUACCCGAGUAAUAGCAAUGCUGAACAUGUGCUUCUGCUCAACGCGGUAAAAGUUGGCGCGCAAUUAAAUGGUCUUUCCCCGUCGACGAUUUAUCGUGUUUCGGUUAGGACGAAGCAUCCGAAGGCCGUUCUAGAGCAGAGGCCUGUCGAACGAUAUGUCGACUUCAAAACACUUCCAAAAAGUAUUUGA